AUGACGGUGGCCCUGCUCUUCCGGCGGCAGAUCUGGAACAUCUGGAAGAAUCUGGCUCCUCGACAACGGUGGUUGAUGUCACGGUCACGGGUCCUGGAGAAUUCAACGCGAGACAAUGCCCAACCUGAACAGCCACUCACCAAGAAGAGCAAAACAUUCCAGGAAUACCUCCCCGAGGGCGACCGAACGUACAGCUGCGUACACUGCCGUGCCCAGCUUGCCCACCAUAAUGAGCUCAUUUCAAAGUCAUUCCAAGGGAGCCAGGGCAAAGCGUACCUCUUCAACAAUGUUGUGAAUGUUGGUUGUGGGCCAGCUGAGGAGCGGAUGCUGCUCACCGGACUGCAUGCCGUCGCCGACAUCUACUGUGAAUGCUGCCGAACGACGUUAGGCUGGAAAUAUGAACACGCCUACGAAGCCACGCAAAAAUACAAAGAAGGCAAAUAUAUCAUUGAGCUGGCCCACAUGGUCAAGAACAACGGAUGGCGCGACCCGGAGAAGCGCCGCUCAAUCCAC